AUGAGCGGACGCGGCAAAGGAGGAAAAGCAAAGAGCGGCAAAUCGAAGACCCGGUCGUCCCGUGCCGGACUCCAGUUCCCGGUCGGUCGUAUCCAUCGUCUGUUGAGGAAGGGCAACUACGCCGAGCGCGUCGGUGCCGGCGCUCCCGUGUACCUGGCCGCCGUCAUGGAGUACUUGGCCGCUGAAGUGUUGGAGUUGGCCGGUAACGCCGCCCGUGACAACAAGAAGACCCGUAUCAUCCCCAGACAUUUACAGUUGGCCAUCAGGAACGACGAGGAGUUGAACAAACUGUUGUCCGGCGUCACCAUUGCCCAAGGUGGUGUGCUGCCCAACAUCCAAGCCGUCCUUUUGCCCAAGAAGACCGAAAAGAAAGCUUAA